UGUCUUGCUACCGAAAAACUUUCAACCGGCGCGUUCCAUCGCGGUUUCUCUCGUGGAGUAAUAUGUUGCUUUGAACAAUGAUGAGGUUAAAAAUGAUGAUCAGACUGUUUAAACUUUUUUUUUACGUUUACAUACUCAUUUAUUUUUACAUGAGGGACCAUGUGUAUGCGGACAGGGCGCAGGGGCCAAAGAAUCCUCACGCCACCGUCACCCUUGGUCUGAUUUUCGAGAAGGAUUCCGAUGAAGUACAGAACGCGUUCAAAACGGCCAUGAUGAUGUACAAUUCCAAGAAAGCACCAACCGAGUUUCAGCUUUACAUAGACGUUAUUAACACCGCUGAUGUGUACAAGCUUUCGCGGCUGAUUUGCAACCAGUACACCCGCGGUGCCGUGGCCAUGCUCGGCUCCGUGCCUUCGGACUCCUUUGAUACUCUCCACUCGUAUGCCAAUACGUUCCAAAUGCCGUUCAUCACGCCCUGGUUUCCUGAGAAGGUGUUAUCUUCGAUAUCGGGCACGGACUACGCGGUGAGCCUCCGACCCGACUACCACCGAGCGAUCAUGGAUACCAUCCGACAUUACGGCUGGUCCAACAUCAUUUAUAUCUACGAUUCGCAUGAUGGUCUCCUACGCCUCCAGAGCAUGUACGAAAGCAUGGGUCCCGGCAACAGUCCCUUCCGUAUCACCCAAGUGAAGCGCGUCGCGAAAUCCGAUGACGUCAUCGAGUUUCUCUCCAAAGUUGAAGAAGUGGACCGCUGGAGCAACAAAUACGUGGUUCUAGAUUCUUCCACGGACGUUGCCAAGGAAACCGUUAUAAAUCACGCUCGUAGUCUGAAGCUGGGGCGGCGCACCUACCAUUACUUGCUUAGUGGUUUCGUAAUGGAUGACCUGUGGAGCGAAGCUGUGCACGAAUUCGGCACGCUCAAUAUAACAGGUUUCCGCGUGUUGGACUACUCGAGUAAGAAAGUUAGGGAUUUCCUGGAUAGCUGGAAGAUGGGAUCGCACAUGUCGGCUCAAGCCGCGAUGAUGUUUGACUCUGUCAACCUGGUCAUCGAGGCGAUACUGCGCCUCCUCCGUAAGAAACCCGAGUUCCUCCGUGCUGCAGCUCGCAGAAGCGUUCCACCAAACAGCACCAAGGUUUCUGACUGCAAUAUAGAAGAGAAAGGCAUCACACCCUUCGAGUAUGGAGAGAGACUGGCUAAGAUGAUACGGAAGACGGAGAUAGAUGGUCUUACCGGCUUCAUCAAGUUCGACGAGGAUGGACGUCGACGCAACUUUACACUGCGCGUGGUUCAAAUGACCACCGGGUCGAAUCUGGAGACGGUCGGCACCUGGUACGACGAUAAAGGGCUCUCCACACUCAACCCGCUGCGUUGGAUGCCUUCAUACCAGAACAAUAAGACAUACAUUAUAACAACGAUAGACGAAGAUCCGUAUGUCAUACCAAUCGUAGACUAUACCUCCAAGACGAAGUACAAAGGCUUUUGUGUGGACCUCGCUAAAUUGAUCAUGGAAAAACUUGAGUUGAAAUAUGAAAUGAGAUUAGUAAAGGAUGGAAAGUACGGGCAAGAGAACCCCGACGCUCCGGGAGGCUGGGACGGAAUCAUCGGAGAAUUGGUUCGCAAGGAAGCGGAUUUGUCCAUAUCAUCGCUCACCGUAACGGUCGACAGAGAAGAGGCGGUGGAUUUCAGUAAGACCUUCCUUUCGUUCGACACGGUGCCGCAGGAUGUGCCUUCCCCGACCGACACUAUAUUUACCUUCCUCCUACCGCUGUCUAAGGAAGUAUGGCUAGCCGUGUUAGGAAGCCUCCUGGCUGUUAGCUUCUGCUUGUAUCUUGUCUCUAAAUACUCGCCAGACGAAUAUCAGCUGCAUUUGAAGACAAAUAGACGUUCCAGAAAUGUUCGGAACAAACCGCAGGCUACGUUUGAGAAUACGUUUACAUUAUGGAAUGCCCUUUGGUUUGCUGUGGGCUCGUUCAUGCAACAAUCAAGCGGUUACACUCCGAGGUCUUUAUCUGGAAGAAUCAUAAGUGGUGUCUGGUGGUUUGUGACGUUGUUCAUCAUUGUCAUAUACACGGCUAAUUUAGCGACUCAUCUGACCCUCGCUCAGCUUCAACCUCCUUUAAAUCCAGUCCACAGAGUCACAAAAUGCCCUAUUGAAAACACCAAACCAUGCGAAAUGCUGAUCUCCGUAAUGGAGUCUGGGCUCCAAGAUUUUGCGGUCGCCUUCCCGAAAGGAUCUCCGUUACGGGACGGUGUGAACAUGGCGCUUCAGACUCUUAGGAAUGAGGGUGAAUUGUACCGCCUAAUUCGCAAAUGGUUUAUACCCCUGACGUGCAACGGAAAGAACCAUGGCAAGGAGUUAACCCUGAGUCAGAUAGCUGGCCUCUUCUACAUUCUGCUAGCUGGCUUAGGCCUCGGUCUGGUCACGUCGUUCAUCGAGUAUCUUGUGCAUCGCAAAUGUGCUCGCGAGGCUCCCCCAGACAUCUCCCCCCCUGGGACACCAAUCCGUACUCCGAGUAGCCCAACCAUGAGGACUAUUAAGUCCACACCACACAGGACGCUUCGCGAGCGGGAACCGAUUGACUGGAAUGCUGUUAACUAUACGUAUGGCUCCCCGACCCACCAGCCCGCCCAAGAGGAGACGGUCAUGCACGGCACGUUCAGGCAAGUCUGAUGUUCACCACGGGAUGCCGGCCGUGCGCGUCGAGCGUCCCAGCCUCGCCGUCUGUCCGACUCCAUCGAGUUGUACCAGCUGUAAGACGCGACCAAUGCUUAAAGCCGCCGCGGAAAAACAUUUUGCUCGCUGCUCAACAAAGCAUUGUCUAUACAUUGCUAACGUACAACGACGCUCGUCAACGUACCCGAAAAAAAAAGCAGUCGAUGCCAAAACGAUAGUUCCGCGCGGACUGGACAUGAGUCAGCUUUUUAUACCUCAGCUUGCAUUUGGUUGCUGUUUCCAAAAGAUUAGAUCUUUUACCAAAUCGAACUGUUAUUUAGUUACUGACUGGAUGAAACGGAUUAAUAUUAUACGUUAUGCACAUUCAAGGCGCGCUGAAGUUAGGGUUUUGUUUACCAAGAGUGUUAGUUUUAUAUUUUGGUAUAAUUAAUUUGCUGAACAUUUAAGGAGCUUGCAUAUUGAGGAUAACUGUAGAGUUCUCUUACAUUAUUGUAACUAUCUUCAGUGGAAUCAAUGAAACGACUAGAUAUCGCUCAAUGGUACCAUGAUAAACUGAUAUAAUACAGUUCUAUAACCACAUUAGGUGUCCUCUCUCUUUAAAUCGGAUCUCAUCGAGUAGAUGAGUAUCAGGGUCUCUUAAGAUAAAUGUUUAGUAAUAUCCUUCAAUUAGAUAUUAUGGUAACGUAAUAUUUAUUGUACGCGUUACUCUCCCAUAGUUAGUAAAUUGUAGUCGGUAAGGUCAAUCUAUUAUUUUAUUUUAAUGAUAAAUCUCCAAAUGCGGCACAGUUAUGUUACAUUGUUUCAACUUUCUAUUGAUCUCAUUUCGGUAAAUAGUUUAUUUUGCUGAAACACUUUUGGACAUAUUUUGAAUCCUAAAAUAUUGUAAGCUAUUUUAUACUACUUACUAUGUGAUUUAUAGUUAUCUUUAUUAUUCUUCUCUUAUGAUUAUUAGGUUAGGUAGUAAUAAAACAAUGAUUAUUAUUAAUAAAUCAACUCAUACAUGAUCCAAUCUUGAUGUUAGUAAGUAUGUUUUCCUGUCUAAGAACUCUUGUAUGUUUAUUUUUAAACACCUGUCCUUAAGUGAUUAAUAUAUUUUUUAUAUAUUUUCUUAAUAUGAUACAUUUAAGUAUUCUGUGAAGAUCACUUUAUUUUGUAAUAAAGGGCUCUCAAAACUGUAUUGUAACAGCGGUUUUGUUUAAAAAUAUUGAUAAUGUUCACACGAGCCUUUAUGAAAUUAAAAAUUUUCUACGUUAAGAUAUAAUGUAAUGCCAAAGGCAUAUAAUUGAACAGAUCAUAUCAUGAAUAUAAGAACACUUGAUAAACGUUGAGGCUAUAAUUAUUUAAUUUGUUUUCGGAGAGCUUCCGUCCGGAAUAAUUGUUUGAUAGAAUUUAUUUUAUUGUCGAUGCAAUUUACAGAACAUUAAAUAUUUGAUGAUUGAACAAUGAUUGCAGCAGAACAGCUGGUUUCAUGCCAAACUUAACGUGUAAUUUUAAACGGCGAAGAUCAUAAAAUUGUGGAAAGUGCCAAAUUAUUGAUAAGUUAGAAAUGGUAUGAAAUGAGGAAGGAUUGUUACUAAUAAAUUUAAAAUGGAUGUACGGUAAUGUCCGUCCAUCUGUAAAAGGCUGAAUUUAAUGACCAGGGGAGGAAAUUUGGUAUUGAUCUCAAUUUGCAUUCUUUAUGUAAUGAUUUUUGGACACAGUCAUAGUUUUAAAGUUUAAAACAUUAAUUUAUAUUUAAAAUUUAAUAAUCCUCACCCUGGAAGGUAAGCCUGUGUGGGAAGUGUGUAAUUUGAUUACAUUUUUCGAAAAUUGGUGUUGGAGGUUGCGACAAAGGAUGUCAUAAUUGUGGAAGGGUCUGGACCGGGCCUAACGAGAAAAUAUACAGAGCUCUUUCAUUCAGGUCUAAAUACAAGCCCCAUUACGCCUAAUUUAUUGUCACAUAUCUUUGUACAUUAACUUUAAUAUCUACACAUUUAUGACUUAAUUGGGUGGAAAAAUACGGUCGGUGAUGCCAAAUUGGGAUGAAAAUAUUCCACAACUAAAUUCAUUUUCGAUACAAAUUAAUAUAUGAUAUGUCUCGUGUCAUUGACGGCACGACCUUCUAACCUGUCUGAUACUAUUGUGGUUCUGAAAAUAUUGAUAUAUAUUUUGACUAUUUUUUUCUAUGAAUAAGUAGUAAUAUUUUCAAUGUACACAAUUUCAACAAUAUUCAGGGCACC